CGGACAUUUCCACCUAAACCUCCCACGCCCCAAACCCUCGCUUUCAUCACCACCUUUUCCUAUCAACCUUUUUUCCGCUCUCUACAAAUUCUAGACGAAUACAUUCCGCUCAGUUAAAUUUCUAGAAAGAAAAAUUGCAUACAGAAACACAGCGCCCAGACGCAACGAUCAAAAUUUGAUACUGACAUAUACCGAUUCAGAGCAAUCCAGAUUUCGGUAGCGGAAAAAGUGUGUUCUAUUAGUGCUGUUUUUCACCUGAGAGUUUCUAGUUAUACGCUGAUCAGGUUGUUUGGAAUGCCGCCGGCGGCGGGCGUAGCAGCAGCAGUGCAGGGCGAUCGGGCGGCCUUGAAAACGAUGGUGGUUCCGGCAGUGAUGCAGCAGCCUCAGCUGCCGAUGAUGACGGCGGCAUCGGAGGUGUUCGCCAAGGACGCCAUUAUCGCCUGGUUCCGCGGCGAAUUUGCUGCGGCGAACGCGAUUAUUGAUGCGCUGUGCAGCCACCUGACGCAGCUGGAGGACGGCACCGCGGCGGCCGCAUACGAAUCGGCUUUCGCGGCGAUUCACCGCCGGAGGUUGAAUUGGAUUCCGAUUCUUCAGAUGCAGAAGUAUUUCUCCAUUGCCGACGUGACGGUGGAGCUGAAGAAGGUGGUGGAGAAGAAGAGAUCGGAGAAUGACGUGGAGAUGAAGAAGGCAGAGGAAGUGGCUGACGGUGGUUGUACGGCCGCGAUCGAUGAGAAAGAGAAACAGAAAGACAACAAUCAGGAAAGUUCGUUGGUGAGUAAUGAAAAUGGUGGAGGUGAGGUAGUUGAUGAAGAUUUCUCGUCAGAAAUUACAGAUACAGGAUCGCAAGAAGUGCAACCCUUCUCAGAACCUGUUGAGAUCUGUUCUAACCAUGAAAAGUGUGAGGCACGCCGCGCCCAGAUCAAGAUGACAAAAGGUUUUGUAGCAAAGGAACCAGUGAAAGGGCACAUGGUUAAUGUUGUUAGAGGUCUUAAGUUAUAUGAAGACAUAUUCACUGAAACCGAGCUUUCUAAAUUGAAUGACUUUGUUAAUGAACUUCGAGUUGCUGGUCAGAAUGGUGAACUCUCAGGAGAAACCUUCAUCUUAUAUAAUCAGCAGACAAAAGGAAACAAGAGAGAGUUGAUUCAGCUUGGCGUUCCCAUUUUCGGGCACGUUAAAGAAGAUGACACAAAUACAUUCCAAAGAAACUAUAUUGAGCCGAUCCCAGUGCUUCUCCAAGGUGUAAUUGAUCACUUGAUUCAGUGGCGCUUGCUUCCGGAUAAUAGGAAACCAAACAGCUGCAUCAUCAACUUCUUUGAUGAGGGGGAGUAUUCUCAGCCUUUUCUGAAACCACCCCACCUGGAGCAGCCUCUUUCUACCCUCCUCCUCUCUGAAUCAACAAUGGCCUUUGGCCGCAUGCUUGUGGGCGACGGUGAAGGGAAUUAUAGAGGACCUCUCAUGCUCUCUUUAAAAGAAGGGUCUCUUCUAGUGAUGAGGGGAAACAGCUCAGAUACAGCAAGACACGUGAUGUGCUCCUCUCCAAACAAGAGGGUGAGCAUCACUUUCUUCAAAGUCCGAGCGGAGAUAGAAAGUAAUCCAUCAUCCGAGAUGACCACUUCGUCCAAAGGAAUGACUCUAUGGCAACCUGGCGUCCCUAUGCCAAAUAACUAUGGGCCGGUAAAUAUGAUGCCCAAAUGGGGUCUGCUGCGUUCUCCCAUGGUGAUGUUAGCCCCUAUACGCCCGGUGAUGGUGAACCCUCGAAAGAUUCCACGUGGUGGUACUGGGGUAUUCUUGCCAUGGAACGUUGGUUCGCGGAAGCAUGCAAAGCAUCUCCCACCGCGUGCACAGAGAGGGCGGUUUCUGGCUCUACCUCCCCCGGCCGAUGGUAAUAAACCUGAGAACUGAGACAACUCUUAAAAAGAUAUUUGCUGUAAGUUGAGUUUUCUGUCUAUUGCAAUUUCUAGAGUUAUUUGGUGAGGAACGAGUCUCUUUUUUUUUAUGUUUUUCUUUUAGACAGCUAUAGGGUGUAAUGUUGGUUACAUAUAUAUGUGGUCAUGUUCAACGAGCUAGAGGCUCCGGAAAUAGUUGAGCUUGAAGCUAAAUCAACAGCAUUUGGUCGUUGAUAGAGGGUUAAAUAUUGUACCAAAUUUCUUUCUUUUUGGCGAUAACGAUCUAUUGUUCCUUUCUUUA